AUGAUAGGCUCAAAAACUAUUAUCACAGUCGGAACAAUCUCCAUUAUAGGCGGAUAUUUGAUCUCUAAACGAUGCGGCUCUUCAAAUGUAGCCUUCAAUUUCCCACCUUAUAGAAUGACUCCAGUAGAGCUUGAUGAAGCUACAAAACUUACCCCAGACGUGAAACACUAUCGAUUUAAGCUUCCAUCUUCUGAUUCCCCUACUGUUCCAAUUACAGCUCCUAUGCUUAUCAAAACCUCUGCUGGUAUCAGACCCUUUACCCCAUUCUACAAUGAUUCGGAUCCUGGGUAUAUUCACUUCGCAAUCAAAAACUAUAACAGGGGUGUUAGCAAAUCUGUUUCUGAAUUGUUACCAGGAGACAAGGUUAAAAUUGCAGGACCUCUUCCUCAUGUUCAAAUGGAUGGUACUACCUCAAAAUAUGACCAAGUUUACUUAAUUGGCGCCGGUAGCGGACUUACUCCCUUAUGGAGCUACUUAAAUGCUACACUAAACGACCCCUUCAGCCAAACAAAGUUGAAGUUGAUUUAUGCAAACAAAACAAAAGACGACAUUGUCUUUAAAAAUGAAAUAGAUAAACUAAAGACCCAAUACCCUGAUAGAUUUGAAGUAGUUCACGUUUUGGAACAGUCUGACGAAGUUGCUAAAUACACAGGUAGAUUAACCAGUGAUAUUCUAAAAAAGGAAGUCGGAAUUCCUGGUGAAAAAAACAAGGUGCUAGUCUGUGGACCUCCAAAGUUCAUUGAAAUUGUGGCCGGCUCCAAAAGAAGAGGCCCACCGUUUAUUCAAGGAACUUUUGGCGGCGCUCUAAAAGAAAUUGGCUUUUUACAAAGCCAAGUCGUCAAGUAUUAA